CUGUUCUUAUUUUCACAUUUCCAAUCGAGCUUUUGCGACCAAGACACCCUCAGGAAGGCUUCUACCGCUAUGGAAGACCCAGUUCUACAGCAUACAGUCGACGCAUCGCAGCGUCAAGGUGGUGGGUUCACAUGUCAGACGUGCAGUGUAGCCUUUCACACGCCAGAUCUGCAGCGCACGCACUAUCAAUCGGAUUGGCAUCGCUAUAAUCUCAAACGCCGUGUUGCUGAUCUCACCAGCGUCUCUGCUACAACGUUUGCUGAAAAGGUAUUGGCGCAAAAAUCACUGGCUGCAACGACUGCUGAACGGGCGAAUUUCGCUGAACGGUGUGGACCCUGUGGCAAAGUGUAUUACAGCGAGAAUGCCUAUGCCAAUCACUUGGGCUCAAAGAAACACAAGGAGGCUGUCAGGGCUGCGCUUGCUGGUCGUGAAGUGGGUGAGGGAUCAGAGGAUGGUUCACAUGUUGAAUCGGCAUUCACAUUCGGUACAUCGAUUGAGCCGUCACAGGCUUCCAUCUAUGAAUCAUCUACGGCAUCCCCUGCGCCAGAGACGCAACAAGAAGAAAGUCCAAGCGAGGAUGCAGAAGGCUUGACUAAGGCAGAAGAGGAGCAAAUCCGCAAGAAGCUUGAGAAUGCCGUCAAGUUGCCUAUUGGAGAGUGCCUGUUUUGCCGAACGGUGCAAAAAGAUGAAGAUGAGGUCGAGGCACUUGCUGCCAAUGUCACUCACAUGAUAAAAAUGCACUCGCUCUUUUUGCCUGAACAAGAUUACCUCGUUGAUUUGCGAGGACUCAUUGAGUAUCUGCAAACCAAAGUAGCCGUGGGCAACUUUUGCCUUGCAUGCAAUAAAGGGUUCCGCAAUUUGGAAGCGUGUCGUGCACAUAUGGCGAGUACAAGUCAUCGCCGCAUCGCUUAUUCCACCGAAGAAGAACAAAUGGAAUUGUCGGAUUAUUACGACUUUUCGUCUACGUGGGAAGGCAUUCCUGAGCGUGAUGAUGGCGAAUGGUCGGAUGUCGAAGGUGACCUUGAGGAAGGCGAUGAAGAAGCGUAUGAUUCAGACGACACCAUUGACUCUGCUCACCUCGGUCCUGUGGAAGAGGACUUUGAAUUGAGGCUUCCUUCCGGUGCUGUGGCUGGCCAUCGCUCGCUGCAACGCUAUUACCGCCAGAAUCUACGUGGUCGCGACCCAUUCGCAGAACGCGGUGGUGCAGCUGUGCACAAGGCCAUUAUGGACCGAACACAGCAAGUGCGUCAAGAGUUGGUGAACACCUCGAUUGCAGGUGUCGACAAGGGCCGCAAGGACUGGUCAAGGAAGCACAUUGCGACGUUCCAGGAUAUGCGGAUUCGCGAAGACUUCAAGACACGCACGAUGUACAGGAACAACAACCAGAAGCACUACAGGGAUCCUCUCUUGCAGUAG